AUGGCGCUUCUCCUUCAUGUAAUAAACUUCGUACUCUGCAUUCCAGAAGAGCGAGCAAUUUACUUGGUUUUGAUGGAAGGAGACCCCGUUGCAUUCCAUAGAGGUUCUUCAUUUCGUGAAGAUGCAAGAAGACUUGAGCCAAACAGUGAAGUUUUCAAGACUCAUGAAAAACACUUGGUGGAUUCUCAUGACCAACUUUUGCUGAGCACUCUAGAGACUGGAAGUUACAAAAGGCUCUGUAGCUUCAAACACAUCGUUAAUGGCUUUGCUGUCCACACCACCCCUUCCCAGGCUAGAAAACUGAAAAAUGCUCCAGGAGUGAAGUUGAUGCAGAGAGAUAGAGGAGCCAAGUUGAUGACGACAUACACUCCCCAAUUCCUAGGUUUAUCAGAAGUGUGGACACAGGAAGGAGGAGACAGAAAUGCAGGCGAAGGGAUUGUGAUUGGUUUCGUGGACACAGGCAUCAACCCUUUCCACCCAAGCUUCCUCAAUGAUCCUUUGAGUCCUUUUAAAUCGAAUAUUUCGGGCUUUUCGGGUGCUUGUCAAACGGGUCCUCGAUUCCUAGCUAGUUCUUGUAACGGAAAAAUAGUUUCGGCAAAGUUCUUCUCAGCAGGGGCUGAAGCGAUUGCCACUCUUAAUACAUCCGUGGACUUUCUCUCACCCUUUGAUGCAGUUGGACAUGGCAGUCAUGUGGCAUCAAUUGCUGCGGGAAAUUCCGGAGUACCAGUUGUUGUGAAUGGCUUCUUUUAUGGGCGAGCCAGUGGAAUGGCACCACGCGCACGAAUUGCUGUUUAUAAGGCUGUCUAUCCAACAGUGGCAACUUUAACAGAUGUGGUAUCAGCAAUUGAUCAAGCAACACAAGAUGGAGUGGAUAUCUUAACACUCUCAGUUGGACCAGAUGAAACACCAGAAGUUACACCCACCUUCUUAAACGUGUUUGAUAUUUUCAUGUUGUUUGCACGACGAGCUGGAGUUUUUGUGGUACAAGCAGCAGGUAAUCAUGGCCCCGAUCCUUCUACUGUACUAUCUUAUAGCCCUUGGGCUGUCGGUGUUGCUGCUUCUGGCACAGACAGAACUUACCCCAGUUCUCUUCUCCUUGGAAAUGGCCAAAAAGUUGGUGGUGUGGGAUUAUCAGGACCGACUUUUGGGGAAGGGUUAUUUCAAUAUAAGCUAGUUUUGGCUAAGGAUGCAGUUAAGAUAAAUGGUGGGUUUCCAAGAACUCCACCGUAUGUUGAAGAGUGCCAAUAUCCAGAAGCAUUGGAUCGAAAAAUAGUGCAAGGUAGUGUCGUCAUAUGCACCUUCUCAGCCGGCUUCUUCAACGAGACCUCCUCUGUAACUGCCAUCAUCAACACUGCAAGAACGCUAAGAUUCAUGGGUUUUAUUCUAGCUGCAAACCCAAGCUAUGCUGAUUUCAUUGCAGAACCCAUUCCUUUUGCUGUUCCUGGUAUUAUGAUCCCCUCUGUUGCCGAUGCCCAGAUUAUAUCACAAUACUAUGAGCAACAAACACACAGGGAUGAGAGAGGAUUUGUCAAGUUUGGAGCUAGAGCGUCUAUAGAAGAUGGUAGAGUUGCUUCUUUCAAGAAGAAGGCGCCUGUCGUUAGUAGAUUCUCUUCAAGGGGGCCGGAUUUGAUUGACAUUAACAAAACUCCUGCUGAUGUUCUUAAGCCUGAUAUUCUUGCUCCAGGUCACCAAAUUUGGGCAGCUUGGAGCCCCAUGAGCGUCUUGGAUCCCAUCCUAACAGGGUACAAUUUUGCACUUCUGUCCGGUACCAGCAUGGCAGCACCUCAUAUUGCAGGAAUAGCUGCACUCAUCAAACAACAUAAUCCUUUGUGGACUCCAUCAAUGAUAGCAUCCGCAAUGUCAACCACAGCUACCAAAUAUGAUAUUAAUGGAGAACGAAUUAUGGCAGAAGGAUAUGGUAUCGGUAGCUUGUAUCCUUCCACUCCUUUCGAUUUUGGUGCCGGCCUUGUCACUCCUACCCGUGCCAUGGAUCCCGGUCUAGUCUUAUCCUCAGGAUAUGAUGACUACAUCAGUUUCUUGUGCUCUUUACCCGGCAUUGAUCCUGUUACAAUCAAGAACUACGUUGGGGAGGUCUGCAACCACUCCUUUAGCCACCCUGCCAACCUGAACCUCCCUUCAGUGACAGUGUCAGCACUGGCGGGAACUCGAUCAGUACGCCGGACAGUCAAGAAUGUAGGACUCAGGCCAGAGACAUACUUGUGUUCUGUGCUGCCACCAAAUGGGACAAUGGUUAGCUUGUCACCGCUUUGGUUUGACAUUGCUCCAGAAGGAACACAAGAUUUGAACAUCCAAAUUAACGUGACCAAAGCAAAGAAUGACUUCAGCUUUGGUGAAAUUGUUCUAGUGGGAAGCUUAAAUCACAUUGUGAGAAUACCCUUGUCAGUUUUUCCUAUUUCAACAUCCUUAUGA